GGGCGUGUCCGCGCAGCCAUGGAGGGGGACGGAGCGUACGAGCCGGGCUUCGUGGGGAUCCGGUUCUGCCAGGAAUGUAACAACAUGCUGUACCCCAAGGAGGACAAGGAGAACCGGAUCCUGCUCUACGCCUGCAGGAACUGUGAUUACCAGCAGGAGGCCGACAACAGCUGCAUCUACGUCAACAAGAUCACGCACGAAGUGGACGAGCUGACGCAGAUCAUCGCGGACGUCUCGCAGGACCCGACCCUGCCCCGCACCGAGGAUCACCCCUGCCAGAAGUGUGGUCACAAGGAGGCCGUGUUCUUCCAGUCGCACAGCGCCCGCGCCGAGGACGCGAUGAGGCUUUACUACGUGUGCACGGCCCCGCACUGCGGCCACCGCUGGACAGAGUGACCCCAAAAGUGACCCCAAAAGUGACCCCUGGACCCCAAAAAUGACCCUAAAUGUGACCCCAAAUGUGACCCCAAAAGUGACCCCAGGAGUGACCCCAAAUGUGACCCCAGGACCCCAAAUGUGACCCCAAGAGUGACCCCAAAAGUGACCCCCAGAACCU